AGAGAGAGAGAGAGAGGGAGAGACAGAAGGCAGGUCGUUCUCGUUUCCUCUAGAUGUGGAUUGCACCGUGUUUUCACCAUGCUAUCAUCAUCAGAUGCGCGGCCUCGAGCAUCAUCUCUCUGAGAUCUGCAGAGAUGCAUCGGACUGAGAAAGAGUCGAGCGGAAGCCUGCAUUGGGAGGCUGAUUGAGCGCGUGUGUGUGUGUGUGUUCAUACGGCACCAGAAAGCCUCUUCCCAGCAGGACAGCCUUCUACAUCCCUCAUCACACAACGGCAAGGCUUCUGCUGUAGUAUCAGACAAUGUUUCGCAAGAAGAAGAAGAAGAGGCCGGAGAUUUCAGCGCCGAAGAACUUCGAGCAUCGCGUGCAUACGUCGUUCGAUGCGAAGCGAGGAGUCUUCGUCGGUCUUCCCACACAAUGGCAGAGUUUAAUAGAAAACCUGCGGAGACCCAAACCCAUGGUGGACCCGUCCCGGAUCACGCCGGUGGAGCUCAAGCCAAAGAAGACCAUCGUGCGCGGCAGCAUGAUCGGCCACGGAGACUAUAUAUCAGCCAUGCUGUCCGACAUGAGCCGUCUGUCCGUCACCAGCUCCAACUCCCUGCGCAGGAGCAGCCCGUCGGCCCGCAGGAGAGCGCAGUCGCUCGGACGCCUCGGGGAGGUCAGCGAGGCCGAUGUGUAUCAGUACGAAGCCCUGGACGAGCCUGACCCUCACUGGGACGAGAAAUCACGCAACUUCCACAGCGAGAGCAGCACGCCGUACAUGGGUCCGAAGAAGAGCGUGAUGCUGCAGCCCAACGGCGUUCUGCCCCGCGCCAAAUCCACUUACGAGGUCAGCAUGAGCGCUCUGGACAGGCCUCCUCCUCCUCCGGCGCUCCCGGCCCCCCCGCCGCCCCCCAUCCCUGUCCCGGAGCCACCCAGGGCCGUGUACCUCGGAGGGGACAUCGGGAGCCCGACGGAGAGGCUAAUGAUGAGACGAGAGUUUCCCAUCAUGUUCUCACACAACCAGAGACCCAUCACCUGCUUCUAUAGUCCCACAAUGCCACACGGAGACGCUCUCACGCCGGACAGACUGCUGGUCCAUCCGCAGAACAGCCCGGGGAGACCGUACUCCUCUUACGACCUGAAGGGCGACGCAGCCAUGAGACUCCAGCCUGGAUAUCUGCACAGUGGCACCAGCAGUCCCCUUGUGAGCGGCACCAGACCUCACAGAGCGGUGCGUUCCUCCUCCAGCUACACCAUCGGACUCUCGCCCAACAUCAGCUACCGGCCCACCGGGCCAGACCCUUUCAUGAGACACUCGGGCUGCCCAAACCCAGGUCUCUACCCCAGACAGGACAGUCCGUCUCAGCCCCGGCCGUCUCCCACCGGCUCUUUAGCCAACAGCCCUCCGGGAACCUGCUCGCCCGCAUUCAGACCCCCGCAGCACCCCUCGCCCCGACCACCGCCCGACCCGCCCAAAGUCACCCACGAGCAGUUCAAGGCCGCACUGCAGAUGGUGGUGGAUAAAGGAGACCCGCGCUCGUAUCUGGAGAACUUUGUGAAGAUCGGCGAGGGUUCGACGGGUGUGGUGUGCAUCGCCCGAGAGAAACACAGCGGACGGGUGGUGGCCGUCAAGAUGAUGGACCUCAGGAGACAACAGCGCAGAGAACUGCUCUUCAAUGAGGUGGUGAUUAUGAGAGAUUACCAGCACAGGAACGUGGUGGAGAUGUUCAAGAGCGCUCUGGUGGAGGAGGAGCUGUGGGUCAUCAUGGAGUAUCUGCAGGGAGGAGCUUUAACAAACAUUGUGUCUGAAACCAGGCUCAGCGAGGAGCAGAUCGCCACCGUGUGUGAAGCUGUGCUGCAGGCGCUGGCGUAUCUCCACUCACAGGGCGUCAUACACCGAGACAUCAAGAGCGACUCCAUCCUGCUCUCGCUGGACGGACGCAUCAAGCUGUCAGACUUUGGCUUCUGCGCUCAGAUCAGUAAAGAUAUCCCCAAGAGGAAGUCUCUGGUGGGAACGCCGUACUGGAUGGCUCCGGAGGUCAUCUCCAAAUCCCCGUACGGAACAGAGGUGGAUGUGUGGUCUCUGGGCAUCAUGCUGGUGGAGAUGGUGGACGGAGAGCCUCCGUACUUCAGUGAGACACCGGUGGCUGCCAUGAAGCGUCUGAGAGACGAGCCGGCACCCACCGUACGCAACCUUCAUCAGGUGUCCCCGGUGCUGAAGGACUUCCUGAAGCGCAUGCUGACCCGGGAUCCUCUGGAGCGGGCGAGUGCCACGGACCUCCUGGAGCACCCCUUCCUCCUGCAGGCCAGCUCUCCGCAGUGUCUGGUGCCCCUGGUGGAGCAGUACCGCAAGCGCAUGUCCCGCUGCUGAAACCCCUGCUAACAUCAGAGCCCCGGCGUUGUCCCUGAGAGGAGAUAACCAGUGUGAGACGCACCUCACGCUCCACCAUUGAGACGGCUGCUAUGAGGAAUGGACUCCAUAAAGCCAUUUUCUUCUACAUGAGGACGUCUUAGUGGAGCUUAAAAGGCGGUGAAUCAGAGAAGAAGUGCGUCUGACUGAAAUGCGUGUUAUCGUGACUCGCAUCGAAUCCGUGGCCGCAGAAACCUGAACGAGCCAUGGUUUAGAUUUUAUAAUGCUUUCACAUAAUGAUCUCACUGUUGUUGUUGUUCUCUACAGCUGACACAACUUUACAAUCGCUAACAAUUUAAAAUAAGUUUCUAUUAGUUAACAGCUGAAGCAUUUAUUCAUCUCGGUUCCAACAUUUACUAAUACAUUAAUAACAACAAAAAUAAAUUAAAAUCGUAUCUUAAUAUUAUUUAAUGGACCUGAGCUGAUAUGAACUAAAACUGUUAACAAAUGUCGGGUAAUGCAUUAAUAUUCAUUGUAAGGCAUCACCUUAAUAUUUAUUAUCUACAACCUGGAAUUAUAUAUUACAGUCGAUGAUAUUAAUUCAGUUGAUGUGCAUCACAAGUUAAAUGUAUAUUAAAUUUUAAUUUUAAUUUAAACACCUUGCUCAUUUAGUCAGAUGUUAAUGUAUUACUAAAGGGAAUUAUAUUAAAAUACACUUCAGAAUAAAAUAAAACAUGUCAACUGCUUCAAAUGUGGC